AUGCUCCCAUUCUUGAAGCUCAAAACCAUGCUCUCCUCCACCACCACCACCACAUCCACAUUUGUAAGAUUCACCCCAAAAGCAAAAGCCAAUGGCCACAACUUCAACUUCCCUUUUUCAUCAUCUUCUUCUUCCAUCCAAUUCCAAUACCCACCACUCGACCACCAGUGGUCCGGCCUCGAUAACUGGAGACAUGGACCUCUUAACCGCAACCGGUUUUGGGGCCCCAAUGGUCCAAUUCAAGACCUCAAUCAAACGGGUAUAGAUACGAGUAUGGGUACGGAUCCUCCACUGGUUUUACUCUCGUCCUGCUCUUCGUUAGCAGAAAUGGGUGCUGUUGUUCUCUCUACUGCAGACCCUCUCACUAAGUCCAAGCUUUCCCAUUUCGCUUACGAUAAGUGGCGCCGAGAAGGCCUUCCUAUUGGAGUUUCUCAAGCACCUCUUAGGCCUGCUCGCCCACUCAAACCCCAACUGGUUUCCCCUAAAGAAAUUCCACCUCCAAAAACCUCGGGUUUGCCUCUCAAUGCCUAUAUGCUUCAUAAUCUUGCUCACGUGGAGCUAAAUGCUGUUGAUUUGGCAUGGGAUACUGUAGUUCGGUUUUCUACAUACUGUGAGCUUCUUGGUGAAGGGUUCUUUGCUGAUUUUUCUCGUGUGGCUGAUGAUGAGAGUCGUCAUUUCUCUUGGUGUUCACAGAGACUGGCAGAACUUGGAUUCAGCUACGGUGACAUGCCAGCUCAUAAUUUUCUGUGGAGGGAGUGUGAGAAAUCAUCAGAUAAUAUCGCUGCACGCCUAGCAGUGAUCCCAUUAGUUCAGGAAGCUAGAGGACUAGAUGCUGGACCUCGUCUUGUUAAAAAACUGAUUGGCUUUGGGGAUCAUAGGACUUCGAACAUUGUUGCAAAGAUAGCUGAUGAAGAAGUUGCACAUGUGGCUGUUGGUGUUUAUUGGUUUGUUUCAGUCUGCCAGAAAAUGGGUCGUGCUCCUUGCUCUACAUUCAAAGACGUGUUAGAAGAGUAUAAUGUAGAGCUAAAAGGACCCUUCAACUAUUCGGCUCGAGAUGAUGCUGGGAUUCCACGGCAAUGGUAUGAUCCUUCCUCCACAAAGAAAGACGAGAAGAACAAUAAGCUUUCUGAGGUUUAUGACCGGCUUGCUUGCAUAAUUUCUAUGGAACAAGAAAAUUCAAGUUUGGGUAGAACACCUAAAUGA